AUGGCAUUCUUCUUUGAAAUUCCCUCAUUUAUUCUAAAAGUUUGCGAAAUGAUCACAUUUUUGGGUAAGUCAUUUAUUUAUCGUAUGAGCCUUCAUUUGAAUGAAUUAAACUGAUAACUGAAAACCCAAUGCUUAUUUUCAGUCUGGGAUGACGAAGAUUCCUCGAUUCAAAUCGAUGAUCGUGCACUUUUUGAUGUUAUCGAAAAAAUGACAGCUUGCGAAAUCGAAGUUGAUUUACACCACCCUUUAUUAGUUCCUUCAUUGAUUUAUUUGAAUGAUUGUACAUCGACAGAAAUUCGAAAUAUUUUGGAGAAAUUCGCCAACGAGCCUCUGUUCCCACCAAUUUCUCAUCAUCGAUUGAAACCAAUCAAUGAUUCGUUGAAAAUUGUGGGCGAGAUAUGUAUUUUGGAAAUUUGGGACGAUUUUGCGGAUUUGACAAGUCCGGCGAGUUGUUUAUCGAUGGAAUUGUCAAAAUUAUUGGUGGAAAGUGCGAAAAGAUUUGAGAAUACUGUGAAAUAUGCCGGAUUUUUGGUGAGUUUUUCGGGAACCAUUUUUUCGGAUUCUAUGACGCAAGAAAUCAAUAAAAUUUCAGGAGCUCUACACAAAAUUGCACAAUUUAUGGGCUCGUCUAAACGAGGAAUCCAAAUCCUAUCAAAUAUUUUUCAAUCAAUUUGAUAUUAAUUACAUUAAAACAAGUGUAAAAGCCCUGGAAAAUACGGUAUUUCUAGCCGAAUUGCAGAAUUUCAUCUGA